AUCUCCCAAGUAAGCUUUUGAAGCUUCCAUCAAUUAGAAAGAAAAUGUCUUGAGAAAAAAAAUCUCGAGACAAAAAAAAAUAAUAAUAAAAAAAUAAAAAUAAAAAAAGAGUAAAUAUAAAACCAAAAAAGUUCAUUGGGUAAUUUUGGUGGAUUCGGCGGGCUUCACAUCGUAGGUCUCCCCAUUCUCUGUCUUUCCCCUUCUCUUCUUCGAGGAAGGUGAUGCAGAGAGAAAUGGAAGAGACCCAAUAAUUACUCAAAAAAAUAUUUUCUUUUUCCUUAUUUUUCCUUUUGAUUACAAUAAAGUAUACGCUUUUAAGCGUAUAUAGGUAUUAAAAAUUACUGUCUCUUCCAUUCCUUAAUAUCGAAGUUUUUCUUUCUGGUACUGUAUACACAUAUAUACAUACAUUUCGUGCUUGAAGCGUAUGUUUGACGAAUCGUCUGCAAUAAGUCAUUCCGAGAUUUGGUUUAACUUUAAUUCAUGUCGGCAAGAACGGUAAGGAGGAGACUUCAUCACGGGGAUGUUGGUGGGAAAAGGCAAGAGCAUUUGGACUCAUCAGGGUAUGAUGGUCUCAGUGAACCUCUACUUGGGACUCAAGAAAAUAAUGAUAUGCAAACGUCGGGAAUCACACUAGAAGACAUUUGGGAUGCUGAACAGAGAAGGGAACGGCUCCAUUGGACUUUGUUACUAUCGCAUUUGAUUGCUGAGUGGGCACAAUGGUUAGCAAAUAUUGUCCUAGGUACUGGAUCACUCAUUGGACGGUUUGUGCCUUUUGCUGGUCAAAAUGGAUCAGACAGGAAGCUUCUUCAACCUUACCUUAAUCCUUUACAGGAAGCAAGAAUCAGAAAUCUACAGCAAAGGCUGGGAGUUCCCUUUGAUGGUUCCUGCAUAGAGCAUCAAGAAGCGCUUAAACAAUUAUGGAGGUUGGCUUAUCCUGGUAGGGAGCUCCCAUCUCUUAAAUCCGAGCUUUGGAAGGAGAUGGGCUGGCAAGGUUCAGACCCUUCAACUGAUUUUCGGGGUGGAGGAUUUGUAUCGUUGGAGAAUCUAAUCUUUUUUGCAAAGAAAUAUCCGGACUCGUUCCAAAGAUUGUUACACAAAAAAGAUGGAACCAGAGCUGAAUGGGAGUAUCCAUUUGCUGUGGCUGGUAUAAACAUUUCCUUCAUGUUGGUACAAAUGUUGGAUCUUCAAACUGGGAAGCCUUCCACUCGAGCAGGAAUCCGAUUCUUGGAAUUUCUUGCAGAGGAUGAAAUGGCAUUUGACAAUCUUUAUUGUGUAGCAUUUCAAAUGAUGGAUGCUCAAUGGCUUGCAAAGCGUGCUUCAUACAUGCAAUUUAACGAUGUUUUGAAGUCUACAAGAAUGCAGCUAGAACGUGAGCUUGCCCUUGAAGAUGUCCAUAGUGUAAAAGAUUUACCAGCAUACAAUCUGUUGACUGGGUAAAACUAUCUUAAAAUGUAAGAAGAGAAUGUAAGAAGUAUAUACUCUAUUUAGUGUUGUAUACAUCAAAGUUGAAUUAGAAAUAAUUGCAUCACAGCUUAUGUAUACAAUCAGUUUGUUUUGUUGCAAAUCGUCAAUUUUUCAUUA